GCGGGUGCCAGAGGGCGGGCGGCCUGGGGCGGGACGGUGCGGAGUCCAGCCUGAGAGUGGAAUAACGGCAAGGCCUGGGCUUAGCCUGUUGGUCCCGCUAGGGUCUCGCCCGUCGCCUGCCGAGUCGCAGCUUGCACCCCUGGACACGUAUCUUCUGUGGCCUCUCAGGCCGCUCUCUGGCUGCCAUGGCCCUCGUCGCCGGCCUAUGGGCCUUCGGGGUGAAGGGGCCCGGCUGGCUCCUGCGCCGCGCGUGGACCCUGCACGCUGCUGGCUUCUGCAGCCGGGGGCUGGCGGCAACCGGGCCGCCAGAGUCCGAGCCGCGGCUCACCAGCGCGCGGCAGCGGGACGGCAUCAGGAAUAUUGUCUUGAGCAAUCCAAAGAAGAGGAAUGCACUGUCACUUGAAAUGCUGAAAUCUCUCCAAAAUGACAUUCUUCAUGAAGCUGAAAGCAAAGAUCUGAAAGUCAUUAUCAUUUCAGCUGAGGGCCCUGUGUUUUCCUCUGGUCAUGAUUUAAGGGAAUUAACAGAAGAGCAAGGCCAUGAUCAUCACGUGGAAGUGUUUCGGAUCUGUUCUGAGGUCAUGAUGCUGAUCCGGAACCACCCGGUCCCCAUCAUUGCCAUGAUCAAUGGCUUGGCCACAGCGGCCGGUUGUCAGCUGGUUGCCAGCUGCGACAUUGCCGUGGCCAGCGACAAGUCCUCUUUCGCCACUCCAGGGGUGAACGUGGGGCUCUUCUGCUCCACCCCUGGGGUCGCCUUGGGGAGAGCAGUGCCCAGAAAGGUCGCCUUGGAGAUGCUUUGCACUGGGGAGCCCAUCUCUGCUCAGCAGGCCUUGCUCCAUGGGCUGCUCAGCAAAGUCGUGCCAGAAGAGCAGCUGGAGGAAGAGACCAUGCGAAUAGCCAGGAAGAUCGCCUCCUUGAGCCGCCCCGUGAUGUCUCUGGGCAAGGCCAUGUUCUACAAGCAGCUGACCCAGGAUCUUGGUACAGCCUACCACCUCACCUCCCAGGCCAUGGUGGACAACCUGGCCCUGGGGGAUGCACAGGAGGGAAUCAAGGCCUUUAUCCAGAAAAGAAAACCCACCUGGACACACUGAGCCAGCAUGAACAGAGGAAUGGCGGGAGAGUGAGCCCAGUGGGCAGCACUCAGAAGCCCCCUAGCCCUCACCCCCACCCUUGACCACCACUGCUGCCUCUUGGUUGUAACAGAAGACAGGCUGCUUUUACGACACUACUAGUGGUUUCACUGCGUGAGCUUGUACUAAAAGUCAUGUUCCACAGGGUCAAAGGCAAGUAAAUGCUGUGCUGACUUAGUAGCAGGUUAGUGAGUGCCCAGGUGGACCAUCCCUCUGGAUGGGGUGCUGUUCAGGAGCGUGUCCACCAUCCAGAGGGAUGGUCAGCUGAGACAUGGAGGAGGGAUGCACAACCCAUGCUUAGCUGCAAUGUCCUCUAAGGCUGAGUCAAUUCUGGUUGCUUAUGACAGGUGAAACAUUUCAAAUCUCCAUGAGAUGUUUUCUACACUGAAAAUCUUCUUGAUUCUAUUGGGAAAUAAUCAUGCCUAUGGCUUUGGAAUACUUUUAUGUGAUUUAAAUAAAUUAAAGAUUUUAGAGA